AUGAAUAAACUAUUGUUACAUCUAGUACGAGUCAUUUCGAUACUCGGCCUAGCAAACGCUCUCACACAAACGCAACCGAUUUUAAAAGAUAUUCAAAUAACAGAUAGUUAUACCAAAACAAAAGAAUGUACGGAUCCAGAUCAUUGGUUCAUAAUAGAAGGGCAACUGUCUAUCCCAAAGGGAAGUCAGCAAAAUAUAACAUUCCAAGUACCAGAUGCUUUCAGCUCAUUCCCUCAAGAACCCUUCAGCAUAAAACAUAAUUCUAACAGUGUUGCCACGAUAUCACGCCCAGAUAAAUCGACGAACAAUUUCACCAUUUCUAUUCCAGAAAAGAGUUCAGAAGAUAUAACUACUACAUUUAACUUCCUUGCACAGCUUACAUCAGAUGCUAAAUCCAAAGUUACAGAACCAAAAAGCAUCGUUUACAGUUUCUAUUCAGAAAAUACUAUGUUUAAUGACGUUAUUGAUUACGUCGCUAAAAAUACUUCUGCUAUAACAACAGAUGGUGGUAUAUACAAAACUAAUAAUACCGCCUGGUUUACCGUUGACUUACCAAUGAGAACGUUCAUAAGUCCCGUUUAUUUGACUUCUCAAACAUCUUCCUCCUCAGAUUACGUAUUCGAUACUUCGUUAACUAAGUUUGAGGUUGUCACUGCCGUUGAUUCUUUUAACGAACCUAUUAAUGCUAUCCCAUAUACAACUGUUCAUGACUACUCCACAGAAGAUGAAAUUAGAUGUUUAUUUAAUUCUACAAUCAGCGGUGGGCUAUACUUCCGUGUGACUUAUUUCACAAAGAAGCUAUCUACCUCUUCCAUAUCAAAUACUGUCGAAUUAACAUAUCCCGAUGAAGGUACAUCUGUCAGACUUUUAGGAAAGAGAGAUACUUCAACCACCCUAGCCUCAGAAUUAUAUUCUGAGUCAGCUGCUAACAUUGAUUCCACCACCAGUGAUGACACAACUAGCUCUGAUGCUGCUAUAACACCAACAUACUCAAAUUCAACGCUUUCUUCUUAUACUUCGCAAUCAUCCGCUAUCCCUGAAGUUGCGGUUACUGCAUCAUUGAGUAGCGGGAUCCUUUCUUCUACAGUUAACGGUGCUAGCACCUCGGCGGACGCUUCCAUGUCCGCUGUCUCUACGGUUUCUUCUAGCAGUGAACAAGCUUCUUCUUCAAGUAUUUCUUUAUCGGCUCCAAGUUCUUCAAACUCAACCUUUACUGCUCCUUCAUCUUCUCUGUCUGCUACUGAAACAUAUAGUAUUAUCAGUUCAGCUAGUAUAUCUGUCACACAGGCUUCCUACAUUGAUAAUUCUACUACUACCGCUGCUACUCAAUCUACUUCUACUAUAGCAGUUUCAUCUGCUGAACAAUUGUCAAGCACUCUAUCAUACACCAGUAACGUCACAAUAUCAGUAUCAUCAGCUACCCAACAUACUACUACUCCUUCAUAUGUUAGUAACUCCACUACACUCUCAUCCUCAUCUGUUCUUGAAUCUGUAAUUAGUUCUCCAUACCUGGCAAACACUACUGUUUCAGGAGCUUCAUCUGCAAGUCAAUCUACUAAUCCGCCAUAUGUCUCCAACUCCACAACAUCAUCCGCAACUCAAUCAGCCACCAUUGCUCCGUUCGCGAUUAACAUAACAGGAACAAGUAUUUCUUCUAGUAUCACUAAUACUUCUUCAGUUAGUUCUACUACGUCCAGUUUAUCAUCCGGCCCAUUUGUUUCAAACACAACGGUUGCCUCUGGGUCUUAUAUUCUAACCACUACUACAGAGUCUGCACAACUUACUGAAAUAGGGAGUUUGAUACCAAUCUCGACUAUUACUACUAGUACCACCACUUCUGGUACCGAUAAAACUGGUAGUAAUAAGGUGGCCUCUUCAACUGAAAUAGCGCAAUCUAUCGUAAACAACAGUUCACUUUCGGUGUCAACAAUCAACACUAACGCUGCGACAGCAGCUGCUAAUGCCAGAAAUGCUACUUUCACUCAUGCAACCCUUUCUGGUUCGCUUCAACCCUCAUAUCAUAGCAGCUCACUAUUAUCGUCCACAAUUGACACCAAGGCAACUACUGCUACUACAAGCACCAGUAGAGACGGUAGUUCGAGUUUGGCUUUCACCACUGGGCUCAAUCAAUCCGUAGUUACCGGUACAGAUAAAAGUGAUACCUAUAGUGUAAUUUCAUCCACAGAAUCAGCCCAGGUUACGGAGUACGACAGCUUACUUCCAAUUUCCACCCUGAAGCCUACAGUCGUUACAGGUACAAGUAGAAACAGUACCUUUAGUAUGGUGUCCUCCACCAAAUUGACCGAAGCUACUGCAACGGAUAAAGGUGACGCGUAUAGUGUAAUUUCAUCUACACAGUCAGCUCAAGUUACUGAAUAUGGAAGUAUGCUUCCAAUUUCUACGCUGGAAACACCAACAGUCAUUAUGAGUACCGAUGAAAGCGGCUAUUUUACUUUAACUACAUGUACUGAGUCUGGGCAAGCUACAGAAUAUGGUAGUCUGAUUCCAAUUUCCACAGUAGAUGGUUCAGUUAUAUAUACAUUUACUGGCGAAAGUGUAGUGGUGGGUUACAGUACCACAGUGGGUGCCGCCCAAUAUGCACAACAUACAAGUUUAGUCCCGGUAUCUACCAUUAAGGGUUCCAAAACUUCUCUUUCAACCGAGGAAAGCGUAGUGGCUGGCUACAGUACUACAGUGGGUGCCGCCCAAUAUGCACAACAUACAAGUUUAGUCCCGGUAUCUACCAUUAAGGGUUCCAAAACUUCUCUUUCAACCGAGGAAAGCGUAGUGGCUGGCUACAGUACCACAGUAGAUUCUGCCCAAUACGCCGAGCACACAAAUUUAGUUGCCAUAGAUACAUUGAAAACUAGCACAUUCCAAAAAGCAACAGCAACUGAGGUUUGUGCCACAUGUACCGCCCUUUCUUCCCCUCAUUCUGCAACUUUAGAUGCAGGUACUACUAUUUCAUUGCCAACAAGUUCCAGCACAUCUCUAUCUACAAUAAUUACCUGGUAUUCCUCAUCUACUAUUAAGCCUCCUUCAAUUUCUACAUACUCGGGCGCCGCUGGUCAAUUAACCAUCCGUAUUGGCAGUUUGUUGCUAGGGUUAAUCUCAUUUCUGCUGUAA